AUGGAAAAUUCUGACACAAACAAAAUAAUGAACUACUUUAUAUAUGCAAAAGAUUACUCGAUUUCAACCGAUGGUGAAGAGUAUUACCACGAGAAUGGCUUGAAAACAUUUGAACAGUUCAAAAGUGAUGUGGAACAAAUGAAACAAAAACUAGUGGGUUUUAAAGACUCUCCAGUGGAAUCGAAAAUCAUUUACUUGCAUUGGGGAUACGACUGCAAAGAAGUCGAUGAAUGGAAAAUUAGGACAACUUAUUUACAAAAAAUGGAUCUUAGCCCUUCGACAGAUCCGAGAACGAUUAUUUACUGGUUAAAAAAAAACUGUAACAUCGACGAUAAGAAAAGUAAAAUUAGGUUGCUAUACAUCAUCACAGAUGGUAUGGUUAAUUCAGACAGUGUGGACGAAUGUUUCGAACUCAACCAGUAUAUGCAUUAUGAAACCGUAGUUUUUCAUGCCUUUCAUCAAAAUUUGGAAGACAUCGACCUUUCAGUGGCAUCAUCUUUCUUCAAGGAUCGUUGCAUGGUCUACUGCAAUAACAAACUUUACGAUUCCAUUGCAAUUGGUGAUAAUUUCGAGUACGAUAAAAUCAACAUUGAUAACUUUGCUUCUGAACAGAAUAAUUUAACGUCUUACAUCAAAUUGAAGUUCCUGAAAAAAUUCCAAAACAAUGCUAAUGCUUUGGAAGAAAUCGAAAAACUUAAGAAGCUGCGAUCUCGACUGUUUGACGAGUUAUCAUUAAAAACGGAGCAAAAGUGUAAAGUGAACUUGGAAACGAAGGAUAGAAAUGUUUUCAUUCGUGAAUUUACUCGCACGGAUUGGUACAAGAGUCUUCGUACGAGUAUACAAGUGGCGAGGAUUGACGUAGAAAAAGCCAUCACGGCAAUGAUAAAUUAUAUCGUUAGUGAAAAAAAAACCUAUUCAUUCGAUGCAUUGAAAUUUGACAUGAAAUUUGAAAAACCCGUUGAAGAAGAGCCAAUGGUUGACGUGAAUUUUACAGACGAGCAAAAAAUUGAGUUCCCUGACAUCAUUUUGGACGAUGACAAGGGGAUCCCAGUCGUUAUUCUAACUGAAUUGGAUCUGCUGAAAAAAAUUAUUUUCCAUGAUACGUACUCAAACAAUGUACAACCUGCUAGUUUUAGCAAGUUCAAGUCAACUAUGGAAUGUCCGUUGUUUUUAGUUAAUGAUAAAGAUAUCAGUGAGUCAAUCGGUUACUUCUAUACUUACGAUGUUUACAAACAAUUUUUGGCUCACGAUAAAAAGACCGAACCACGGACACGAAAACCGUUUCACGGCGGUCUUGUACUGAUAGACACGAAUCAAUUUGACAAGUACAACGACUACAUUUUAUCAGCAACGUACUUUAAUUCAAAAAAGAUCCACUUCAAUAUUGGGCUGUUUUACUACGUGCUUUGGAAAAACUGCCAAAGCAAAGAGUGGAUGGAUAUAAAUGUUGCCGAACAGUUCAAGAAGUACGCCAUGAGACGCAUCAGUGAAACAGUUUGCAAAAUUGGCCUCUCAUCUUUGCCACUAGACCCCCAAGAAAAGACCUCGCUGCUUACCGCGUUGUGGUACUGCGUUGACUUGUCUUCGUGCAUUUUCAAAGCCGAUCUCCAAUACUUCAAUCACGAACGGUUGAGGAUGUUCUAUGGCGUGGCGCAUUGUAUGAUGGAGAUCUUGAAGUACUUUGACUACGAUUUGGAUAUCAAGUCUAUUGAGCGGCGUAGGGAAAUAAUGAGUGAAGUGAUGACAUUGAAGAGAAUCCCAAAACGUGGGGAGAAAGUUUACUAUUUGCUGAAAAAAAUCUUUAAGACUGUAGACGGAUUUUUGGUUAGUGAAAUUGAAAAGCCAUUCAAUCUUUAUAAGCUCAAUUACUUGAAAUUCGAGCACAAAAAUAUGUUGGACGAUAAUGUGAUUGAAGAAACCGUUCAUUUGAAUGACUUCGUUCACUUGAUGUAUUUUGAAGAUAAUUUGGAAGUCUCCGAAGCCAGUCGUCAAAAAAUAUUUGAAAUUUGCGAAAAGACAUUCCGUCCUUUCUUUGCUAUCGAUCGUAACAAGUCAUUUUACACGGAAUUAGUCGAGGUUACUAAGAAAGUAGUGAUUAACAAUGACAAUGACGAAGAUAAAGUUAAAGUGUCCAUUGAGCCCAUUGAUUCGCUUGAGUUUGAUAGGAUUCUGUCUCUAUACCAUUUGUAUAUCCACUGCGUAGAAGAUUUGGAGAAGUAUCCCACUUUGCCUGAGUACGUUGAGUAUAUUUCCAAAAAAAAGAAAUUCCGGGAUGAUUUGGUGACUAUUUUUCCAUCCAAUGUUUACUUGGCUAUCAAGCAUGUGUACGGCCACUAUCAGAAAGUAGUGAGUAAAGUUGGAACAAAAGAAUUUCUUGAAGUGUGCAAAUCUUGUAUUAGUCGAACUGAACGAGUCAAAGUUGAAGGAAAAGUAAAGUUUAAUAGUGACGAUGAAAUUUAUAAAUUUAUUUCUACCGAGGAGUUGAAAAAAUACUAA